AAUCAGGGACGGUGAUCUGAAUCAACUAGUCAAAUCACUGUCCCUGAUUUGGGCCAAAUUCGAAUCAAAUAAGGCCCACUUCGUACACCCCUACUGCGCAGUAGGCAUGCGAGCACCCAGGCAGGAUUUACGAAAUAAACCAGAGACUUCAUCCAGGAGUCCAGAGUGAGAAACGCUGUGCUCUGUCUGAGUUCUUUGCAGCAAAAGAGCUGCUCUAAUUUUUCCACAGGCAAAAAACAAGUGAAAACUAAGAGCUGGCGUUUUCCAGGAGGGACUUCAGCGUAAAAGGUUGAGAACCACUUCGUGGCAUUUUGCCUGGAUAAAUCUGGGUGCUGUCCCUGGUUCUGUCAUGAGUCCUGUGAUGUUGGCCAAGUCAUUUGAGCUGGCUCUCAAGUUUCGUAUUGCUAAACCAAGAUGGCAACCAGAGAUCUACACAUGAAGAUAUGCAAUAAUUAUUAUUUUAAUAUGUGGGAACACCCAUCUCAUCUUACUUCGCUAUAGGGGCAGAGUGGAGGCAAGUGCCAUAAGCAGCAUCUUAGUGCUGCAUUUGAAGCAGGAGCCUUGCACCAUCUGCAUGGAAGGUACAAAAUAUUUUAUCUAUGUGGGAUAGCUAGCAGUUGCCACCAGUGAACAGAAGCAAUUGUAAAACAUGUUUUCGGUGCAGCUCCUUUCUAGGCAUGUCUAUGUGCAGAAGACUUUAGCCAUGGACAGCAUAAUCAGAGGCAUUUCAAAAUCAGUUAGACAUGGUCAAGCUGUGUGUUUAAGAAGUUUUUUCUCUCAGUCUGCAAACCAUUCUGCUCGUAAAUUAGUUCUGGGAAUAGAAACAAGUUGUGAUGAUACAGGAGCUGCAGUUCUGGAUGAUAGUGGCAACAUUUUAGGAGAAGCUCUGCAUUCUCAAGUUGAAGUCCAUUUGAAAAGUGGCGGAAUAGUUCCCCCAGUGGCACAACAGCUUCACAAAGAAAAUAUAGAAAAAAUCGUAAAAGAAGCACUUGAUACCAGCGGAAUCUCUCCGAAUGAUCUCUCUGCAAUUGCAACUACAGUAAAACCUGGACUUCCUUUAAGCCUUGGAGUGGGAUUAGAAUAUAGUUUAAGAUUGGUGAAACAAUAUAAGAAGCCUUUUAUCCCCAUCCAUCAUAUGGAGGCACAUGCACUUACAGUUAGGCUGACAAAUCAAGUGGAAUUUCCUUUCUUAGUUCUUUUAAUCUCUGGAGGUCACUGUAUCCUGGCAGUAGCACAAGGAGUUUCAGAUUUCCUUCUGCUCGGACAGUCACUGGAUAUAGCACCAGGUGACAUGCUUGACAAGGUAGCAAGAAGACUGUCUCUAACAAAGCACCUAGACUGCUGCAGCAUAACCGGUGGGAAAGCUAUAGAGUAUUUAGCUCAAAAGGGAAACCGGCUGAAUUAUAACCUCAAACCUCUCAUGAAACAUCAUGUCAACUGCAAUUUUUCCUUUUCUGGACUUCAAACCAAUGUCACAAAACUGAUUAUGCAAAAAGAAAUGGAAGAAGGUCUUCAAGAGGGACAGCUCCUAUCAAGUGCUGCAGACAUUGCUGCUGCAGUACAGCAUGCAGUUGCCCUUCAUAUUGCCAGAAAAACGCACCGAGCCAUUCUCUUCUGCAUAAAAAGUGGUAUCUUAUUACCAACAAAUGCGACUUUGGUUGUGUCAGGAGGAGUUGCAAGUAACCAAUAUAUCCGAAGAGCUCUGCAAAGUGUAACAGAUGCAACUGAUUUUGCUUUGUUGUGCCCUCCUCCCAGACUUUGCACUGACAAUGGUGUUAUGAUUGCAUGGAAUGGUGUUGAAAGGCUACGUGCAGGAUUGGGUGUUUUACACAACAUAGAGAGCUUCCGCUAUGAAGGAAAAGCUCCACUUGGAAUUGAUAUUUCAGCUGAAGUUGGAAAAGCUGCCAUCAAGAUACCACAACUAGAUAUGACAUUUUGAUGCUUUGAUUUCCCCCCCCCCCGAAGUUGGUAAAAUGAAUGCAACUUGUAAAUGUUCAUUAAAAAUGUUUUCAACAAUGUUACAUUUACUGCCUGUAUUCAGUUUGUAAUUGGUUAAGGAUUGUCUGCUUUUGAAAUACACUGUGGUAGCCUGUGAUACUGCUGAGAUACUUUGAGUUACUGUCUACAGUGAACAAAAUUUCUAAGUAUUAAAACAAAAUUUAAAAAAUGGUAAAAGAAAAAAGAUGGCGCAUAUAGUCUUUAGUAAAUUUUAAAUGAAUGUUUUUGGGGAAAAACUUCUCUAGAAUUUGUCCUCAUUUCUGUAAAUGUAGUAUACAUGCAAAUAUUGUGUUUUAGUAUUGUAUUGAAAGCAAACAUCUAGACAUAGAUUUUCUAAGAGAUCUUAGUGAGAUUAGAAAUAAAACCUGCUGAAUUUUACCAGAAGUGGAGUACUUAAUUUCCUUGGACUACUUUGAAAAAUCUACCUAUGGACUUUUAAUUUGAGGGUAUAACUCUAAUAGUAUUUGUUGAUCUGUUUUUUAAAAAAAAAAUCCAAUGUGAAAUAUUUAAAACAAUUCAGGGUUUUUUUAAUUCUGUAAAAUAUCUCUGUUUCAUAUGAAUCUUUGAUACUUGGUGCAACACAAAAUUAUUUAUAUUUCCUUCCUGAUUUCACUAGUAUUUAUUAAC